AUGACAUAUUCAGAAAAAAAACUAUCAUGGAUGGAAGUGUUAAAUGAAUCAACAGAAAAAGAUUUAAAAAAUGAAACGAUUCGUCGAAAUUUUAAUGAAAUACAAUCUAAACCAAUGGAUAAAAUUAAUCAUACACAAAUGGAUUCUGAUAUGAAUUCUAAUGUUUAUCACUCUGCAGUCUCAAUUCCAUCUACUAACAAACCAAAAAAUACAAAUAAUAAACAACAACAAAAUACAUUAGGUAAAUACAUGUUGAAAACGUCAUCAUCAUCGAAUAUGUCUUCAACUAUUAAACAACAACCAUUUAGUCCAGUAGCUUAUAAUUCAUUUUCAAAUAAUUUUCAUAAUCAUAAUCAUAAUCAUAUUCAUCAUCGAUCAUCGACAAUACCAUGUGAUAAUGGAAAAUUAUCACCAGCAUUAAAUAAUAUUUCUGAAAGUUCUUCAACAUCUAAAUUAGUAUCACCAUUGACAACAGCCAGAACAGGAGGAGGUCCAAAAUCUCCAGAAGAUAAACGACGUUGUGCUGUAUGCAGUGAUGUUGCUUCUGGUUAUCACUAUGGUGUAUGGAGUUGUGAAGGAUGCAAAGCAUUUUUUAAACGAAGUAUUCAAGGUACAAAUGAAUAUAUAUGUCCAGCAACAAAUACAUGUACUAUUGAUAAACAUCGGCGUAAAAGUUGCCAAGCAUGUCGUUUAAGACGAUGUUAUGAAGUUGGUAUGACAAAAGGUACAACACGACGAGAUGCAAAAUAUCGAAGAAAAGCUGUAUCAGUUUGUAAAAUAACAUCAACUUCAAAUGCAGCAGCAAAUAAUGCAAAUGUUAAUAAUCAAGAACAUGGAUUAUUAGGUUCAACAUCAAAUGCACGAACAACAACAGGAACACCUUCUGGAUCUCAAUCUAUUCAUAAUAGUAAUGUUUUAUCAUCACCACAAUCACAAAUUAAUAAGACUACAUCGGACUCUACACGUAUUCCAAUACCAACCGCUGAAUUUCUUUCAAUUCUUUCUCAAGCAUCUCGUCUUAAUUUAUUAUCUAAAGUCGAUACAAAUCGUCCAUUAGAUGAUCAAUAUUUUCUUCAAAUACUUGCAAAAAUUUUCGAUCAAGAAUUAGUUGUUCUUAUUAAUUGGGCAAAAUCUGUACCGGGUUAUACAGAAAGUUUAACACUUGAUCAACAAGUAACAAUAAUUGAACAAAGUUGGUUAGAUACGUUAAUUCUCGAUAUAAUCGAACGAUCUAUAGAACGUAACGAUGAUGCACUUCAAUUUGCACCUGAUUUUAUAAUCUCACGAAAUAGUGAUUUAUCAAGCCCUGUUCUGAAUUCAAUAUGUACAGAUUUAUUUCAUAUACUUCAAGUAUUUAAAGAUCCACAUACAACACAUGAAGAAUUCAUUGCACUUAAAGCUACAAUACUUAUUAAUUCAAUUCCAGCAACUAUAACAUCAACAAAAGCUUUUCGUUUAUUAACAAAUCAAAUUUAUCAAGCAUUACAACAUACAUGUGAUUCAAAUCCUAAUGUCUAUCAUGAUAAUUAUAUUCGUCAGACGACACUUUUAUUACAAAUACCACAUAUUAAAAUGUUAAGCUCAAAAUUAAUAAGACUAUUUUUACAUAUGCGUAGUAAUGAAUUAUUACCACAAGCUGAUCUAUUGUUAGAAAUGCUUGAUGCACAAGAUACAAUUGAUAUAUUAUUUAAUAUGGAUGUAAAUAAUAUUUCAUUACGUACAGAAAACUGUACUCAAAAUUCCUUAAUAAAUAAUAAUAUAUCAUCAACAUCAUUUGAAAUUGAUAAUUCAUCAAUGUAUCCAAACCAAUAUCCCAAUAUGUUAACAAUAGACAUAGAUAAAGAUAAUAUACCUCAUUUAUCUGCCAAACGUUCACCUUCAACACCACCUCUUUCAUAUUAUAAACAAAUAUCAGACCAAUCUAGAACAACAAAUGAACAUUUUUUUUAA